UGGUAUACAGCUGUAUGUGUCAGUGAAGGUGGUGGUGCUGAAUGGUGUCCGCCUGAACAAGUACAGGUGUCAGCGAGGCAGUAACUCCUUGGAGGGCUUGCACUCACACCUGUACAAUGCCAUUCCCUCAGAGAUGUGGAGUUAUGCCAUUCCAAGUGUAUCUGAUUGCAUUUGCUGUGCAGUGGAACAGCCGCAUGGAAUCACUCCGGGUUGCUGGUGGUCAAUGGCAGGCAGACGUGGUGUAUGGACCCGUGGCAGAUUCAGCGCCUGAAUCAGCAGGCUGAGGUGCUCUUCGGUAAAGAGCAUGUCCUCGAGCCCAACUUUGCCACUCCAAUGCCCUACCCUGCUGUAUACAAGGACCCAGACGAGGAGGAGCUCCUUGGAGUAGAGUAUGCCAUGUGCCAGUCAACCAGCUUCACUGCAAAGGAUUACUAUGCCCAGCAAGUUGAGGAAGAGCAGUCCUGUGAAGAAGAGGAGAUGGCUGAACAAAGUGAGGACAAGCUGGCAGAUGAGGGUGUGGACAUGGGUGCAGAGUCAGAGGAGGAUCCUAUGGACACUGUCAGUGACAAACAUGUAAUCCUCACUCAGUCAGAACAGGUGGAGGAGGAGGACAGUCCUGCUCUGCAGGAUGUGCUGAUGACCCAGAGCCAUCUGCAUCUUCCUGGGCUGGAGGAAGUGGAAGUCUUGGCCCUGCUCAUUUUAGAACUGGCAGACAACAGUGACCGUCACCUAGUGCCAGCUGACCUAAGGCUGAAGAUUUGUACUGCAGUUGGUGCUCUGCAAGAGCAUGACAGGUCUGCAGCCAACUUUGUAAAAAAGUAUGGAGUCAAGGUGGGGUUACACCCUGUUUUGCAGAUGCUUGGGAGCUGACGAACCUGAGACCAGAGCAGCACAGAAGACAAAGUUUUCCUGGUUGAGGUACCUUCAGGCAGCCCAGGUGACUGAAGAUAGUCGUCUGUUGUACCUCAUUAUUAAGAUGCUGAAAAACCGGCCACCAGCCAGUUGUCUCACCUCCCCCACUAAUUUGUUUUCCCCCAAAAAGGGGCGUUAACCUUCGAUGACGCCAAAGUAGCGUUGGUCUAUAGUGUGACAUCUGUGUAAACAUAGAUGAUGUCACAGGUUUUUUUAAUUAAAGAAGAUAGCCUUCGUUUGUAUGUAGGCCUAGGCAAUUUAUAUAUUUACAAUACUUAAAUAUAAUUAAUAGUAUUUUAUUACUUUUGUAUUAGUUGUAUUAUAUGGCAUGGGAAGAGAAAAAGGCUAACUACAGGGCAACAGUAAUGCCAAAAGUGAAACCCCACCAAAGAGUGCUGUCAGAAGAACCAAUGCCAGCAGCUCCUACUCUGCCAGAAUCCCUUCCAGCUCCAGAUCGACCUCAGGUUCAGUACCAGAGCCUACGUCAUGUAGCUGGGAAAAGGCAUGGUCAGAAGCGGAAGUUAGAUGUGGAAAUGCUUGUGAACCGGCCCAUUCAACCUAAAACCCCUGUGGCCACGUACAUCCCACCCAGAGCAUCAGCAGCACCUGUCCUGGUAGUGGUUCCUGCACAGCCACCGGGACCAUCCAUGAUGCUCUGUGGGGCAUCCAACAGUCAAGGGUUCAUACCAUUCUCACCGCCUCCUGAGCUGACAUCCAGAUUAAUCAAGCCUCAUAAAUCCUUGAGGCCUUGUGGGGCCUGCCAAGUACCCCAGUGUGGUGGGCAGUGUAAGAGGUACACACCCUCCGAAGACAAGGCUGCUGAAAGUAGCCAAAAAAUAUUCACCUAUUGCCCAGCAACUAGGAAGUCCAACAUUUCAGGUUUUGAAGGUGUUGUGUUCAACAGUUUUGAACACUUCAAAAGUGUAGUAGAUGAGGAACUAAAAAAGAAAAAAACUACAACUACAUCUGCUACUACAUUCCCCAAAUCACAAUAGCAGAUUUCUGGGGUAUGGUUUGGACUUGGUUCAGACCUGGAUUAGACCUAGUUUAGAUUUUGCCCUAAUUUGGUCCUGGUUUAGACAUGGUGUGGGUUACAGAGAUUUACAUGUCCUCAACAUUAUUUACACUUUGUGGGUUACAAUGUACUAUUUGCCAUGUUAUUUAUAUUCUCAUUAUAAGGCUAAAUAUAGUUAGCCAUAUGUGCUACUAUAUCUAGCUCUUAUACCAAUUUACCGAUUCAUUAUACACCAUCUAUAAAACACAUACCUAUUUUCACAUAGAAAAAAAGAUGUGUUUUUAGUGAAUGUAAAUAUCUGCUUAACAUCACAUAACAUUGUACUGCAUUAUCUCAUCCCCUUGUAUAUAUUGUAUGUAUAUUGUAUAUUGCUCAGUGUGUACAUGUAUAAAUCUUGUUAUAAGAAUCCUGUAAAUAAUAACCUAUUAGUACCUAUUUUGCUAUAUUUUCUGCUAAAUUACUUAAUAAUUAAUGUUAAUUUUAUUCUGUUUAUCUUGU